AUGUCAGCAUUAAAGGAUAUCCUCUCUAACCAACGAAAGCUAGAAGAUGAGCUCAUCAUUUUGCCAUACCAAGUAAGUGCUCUUGUGCAUCGUGCUAUGCUCAAGAAGCAACAAGUCCCCGAAAGCUUCACAUUAGCAGUGAAGAUAGGUGACUUGGAGCCUAAGGGCACAUUUGCCAAUUUAGGACCAAGUGUAAGUUUGAUGCCUCUGUCCAUAGAUAAGCAUCUUAACUAUCCAAUUCAUCCUAUAUGGAAGACUAUUCAAUUGGGCAGAUCGAAUAGUGAGAUGACACAUGGUGAGUUGGAGGAUGUGCCAAUACAAGUUGGGCAUGUGUUUGUGUCAUGCUAUUUUGUGGUGAUGGAUAUGGAGGAAGAUCCGGAGGCUCCUCUCGUUCUUGGAAGAGAAGCUCUUAAGACAUUAAGUGCCAUGAUAAACUGCAAAAAUGAUAUGAUCACGGUUGAAGUAGUCAAUGAGAGGGUUAUGUUUGAGUUCUCCAAAACGUUGAAGAGACCAAUGAUAGAGAGAAUUCGUUAG